AUGGCGGCUCGAGCAAUGCAUCUCUUGGCUUGGCUCUCUCUCCUCCUUGUUAUGUCCCUGCAGGUUCAAAUGAUACAGGGAAGGCAGAUGAGACUGGCGAUGCAUCAAAAACAAUCCUCGAAUCACUAUUAUCCUGACAGUAAAUCGUACAAGAACUUGCACGAUAAUAGCUCCAACGCUGCCGCCGUGGUCACUACACCAACACUUCCCUCACCUAAUGCGGCGGCCACAAUGUCAACACCUCCUCCUCCGCCGAGUCGGAGCAUGGAUGACUUCAGGCCAACUGCUCCCGGUCACAGUCCUGGAAUCGGGCAUUCGACUCAUAAUUAG